AUGACAGAGCCGCACAGGGUUUCGUUCACUACCCUGCACGGCCCCCUGAGCAGCAGCUUCUUGAAGAGGCUCGGAAGGCGGCCAAAACGGAAGGAGGACGGGGAGCAGCCCCCGGACUCGGAGCCGGCCGCCGCCGCCGUGCGCAUCACCCUCACCCUCUUCGAGCCCGACCACAAGCGCUGCCCGGAGUUUUUCUAUCCAGAUCUUCUCAAGAGUUACCGAGGGAAAGUCAAAGGGGGUUCCUCAGGAGACAGGAAGAAAGACUCUGCUGAUCCCUUCAAUGAUGAUGAGAAGGAAAGGCAUAAAGUGGAGGCUCUUGCCAGGAAGUUUGAAGAAAAAUAUGGUGGGAAGAGGCGUAGGAAGGACCGAAUCCAGGACCUGAUUGACAUGGGCUAUGGCUACGACGAGUCCGACUCCUUCAUCGACAACUCCGAGGCGUACGACGAGCUCGUUCCAGCUUCUCUGACGACCAAGUAUGGAGGGUUUUACAUCAACUCAGGCACGCUGCAGUUUCGGCAGGCCUCUGAAUCUGAAGAUGACUAUGUUAAAGAGAAGAAGAAGAAGUGUCCCAAGAAGCGGAAGCUGAAAGAGGGAGGUGAGAAAAUGAAGAAGAAGAAGAAAGAUGAUUCUUACGACAAGGAAAAGAAAUCCAAAAAGUCCAAAUUCCCAAAAGCUGGCUUUACAGCAUUAAAUGCAAGCAAGGAGAAGAAGAAGAAGAAAUACUCGGGCGCUCUCAGUGUCAAGGAGAUGCUGAAGAAGUUCCAGAAGGAGAAGGAGGCUCAGAAGAAGAAAGAUGAAGAGCAGAAAGCAGCAACUCCCUCCCCAGCAGAGCCUCCAGCCCCCCGGGAGGGGGAGGUGAUGCCUGACCCCCUGCUCUCUCUUUUUGGCCACGCCAGUGAUAACGACCUGCUCACAGCAGCCACAGCCAUGGACUCCUUAACUGACCUGGACCUGGAGCGGCUCCUGAGCGAUUCCCCUGAGGGGAGUCCCCUUCCUGAGGUGGAGGAUGGGAGUGAUCCUGGUGGGAUGGGCUUGGAGCAGGAUUUCAAGCAGCCACCAUCCCUCCCCGAAGGUCUCCCGGCCCCUUUGGAGAAACGCAUCAAGGAGCUGGCACAGGCUGCCCGAGCUGCAGAGGGAGAAGGCAAACAGAGAUUCUUCACUCAGGAUAUCAACAACAUCAUACUGGACAUCGAGCUGCAGACCCGGGAGCUGAGCAGCCAGGUCCGCUCGGGGGUGUACGCCCACCUGGCUGCCUUCUUCCCCUGCAGCAAGGACACCCUGGUCAAGAGGGCCCGGAAGCUUUAUCUCUAUGAGCAGGGUGGCCGGUUGAGGGAACCUCUGCAGAAGCUCAAGGAAGCCAUUGGAAGGGCCAUGCCAGAGCAGAUGGCCAAGUACCAGGAGGAAUGCCAAGCUCACACUCAGGCCAAGUUUGCCAAGAUGCUGGAAGAGGAAAAGGACAAAGACCAGCGAGAUCGAGUUUGUUCUGAUGAUGAGGAGGAUGAAGAAAAGGGAGGGAAGCGUGUCACGGGACCACGAAAGAAAUUUCAAUGGAAUGAUGAGAUCAGGGAGCUGCUUUGCCACUUGGUGAAGAUUAAGUUGGAUGGUUAUGACCUUGACAAGAAUAAGGCUCAGUCUCUAGAGGAUUAUGUGAAGACCUUCCUAGAUGGAGAGGUGAAGCCCCUUUGGCCAAAAGGCUGGAUGCAGGCCAGGACACUGUUUAAGGAGAGCAGGCGUGUACACGGACACCUCACAUCAGUCCUGGCGAAGAAGAAAGUUAUAGCUCCUACUAAGGUGAAAGUGAAGGAGUCUUCCUGCAAGCCAGAGAAAAAGGUAUCGGUUGCCAUUCCUUCGAUGCACUCGAGCAGCACCUUAGCUCUGUCUUCAGAGCCCCAGGCAGGAGCUGUGGGCAUCAGUACCCAGACCAGAGAACUCUUGGCCCUUGGGACAGCCCAAGCAGCCAGCAGCACUGGCACUCCUGCUACCUUCAAGGAUGACUCCUUGGACGAGGACUUGAUUCAUAAUCCCACGUCCUCCCUCGAAGCGGUCUCUAAGGAACUGGCUGUGCUGAACAGCAGAGCUGGAGGGAGUCCUGACUUCACUCUUCCUGGAGCUCCAAAAGCUCCGCCAGAGAAGGUCCCAACUCAUGCAUCCUCAGAGGAGAAGAGGACGUUUCCAAAGUCCAGCCCUUCCCCUACAUCAUCCUCUGGUUCCCUCCAGUCUCCUCUAAAUUUCCUGGCUGAGCAGGCUCUGGCGUUGGGCCAGUCUUCUCAAGACAAAAAGACAGAGAACUCUAACUACAAAGAGCUCUCCUGCCAAGCCUCCCCCAGCAAAAUCCUUCCUGAUGCACAUCAGGCUAAACAGAAACACCACGGCCUGGUCCGGCCAAGCCACGGGCCUCAGCCCUCCACCCCCCCGCUGCCGGGUUCCCAGGUGAAGGUCUUCCACUCAGGCAGCCAGCUCCAGAAAACUUUCACCUCCCCGGCUCCAUUUGUCAAACUGCAGAAUCCCAAGUCCUCCUCUCCGCUGCCCCAACGUUCCCUCCUCCAACAAGUCAAGUCCUCAACCAAAGCUCAGAGCUUCCAUCCCUCUGCGUCGCCGGGCGGCCCCCCGAACCCCAGCGGCUCCCACAAGAGCCCAGGCUCCUCCUCCUCCUCCUCCUCCUCUCUGGCCUACACAGGGAAGCACUCGGGCAGCUCCAGCUCUUCAGGACAAUCUUACAAGUCGCCCUUUGUUUCUGGUUCCCUCUCCAAGCACGGGGCUUCUUCCAGCAGCUCCUCCUCUGGAGCUUCUGCAAACCAGGGCUGCUCGGGGAGCUCGCUGCCCAGCGUGCAGACCCCUGCCUCGGGCCCGGCCUCCGCCCGCCCCUCCUCCAGCUCCUCACUGAAGAAGACUCCUGUUUCCCAGAAGUUGACUCUGGUGGCACCUCCCGGAGGUUCAAAUGGAGAUUCUAGUGGGGGCACUCAAGGGGUGGCCAAAUUGCUGACCUCCUCCCUAAAGCCAGCUGUGGUUAGCAGCACCGCCUCUUCUACCUCUGUGCCGAAAGGAACCAGUGGAGCUGUGCUGCUAACGAGUUCUUCCUCUCUCAGCGUACUGGCUCCAUCCUACAAGUCCAGCAGUCCAAAGCUGCCAGCUGCCCUGAGCCCCACCCCGUUAGGUAUUAUCUCUCCAAUCCAUUCCUUCCCUCUCCACGUCAUCUCCUUCAGUUCAGACUCCUCCCCAAAAGCUGGAGUAUCAAAGGAUGCAAUAGUUACAGGACCUGCUCCAGGAACUUUCCACCACGGCCUUGGCCACAGUCUUCUGGCUGGCUUGCACUCCAGCCCCCACCAUGCAGCGCCUCUCCCACACUCUGCCCUGUCCACUCAUUUACCACAGAGUUUGCCAGAUGCUCCUCAGCUUCACGGCAAAGGGUCCAACGCUCAGCAGCGCAAGUUGUGA